UAUCAACACCGAAUCCCGUGACUCUUGUCUGCUGACUCAUCUGCGUCAUUCUCCACUCUCUCUCCACCCAGUUCGUUUCUCUACCGAAAUCGCAACGCCAUGCCUUCGGAAGGCAAAAAGGCAAACCCAGACGUCGAAUGCGGCGACUGACAAAACGAGACGGCGCCUUUUUUCGGCGACAAGAAAUCGCGAGUGAAUUCCGGCUCUCCAUACGAAAGCGACAGCACAGAUGGAAAGUCGAAGAAGGGCGGCAAAGGCGGCAUGAUCAUUUCCUUUCUAACGCUUGUGUUUUCAGUGCCAGCGCUCAUUGGCGCAUGAUGUUGGCCCGCGCUGGUCAUUGGCCUCUUCUCGGGUACAGUGACUGCGGCGGCGCGUUCGAUUGGUCACAUUGUGGGGCUCGUUAUCACUGCGACGAUGCUGCUGCUGUUGAUUAUCUAUAUUGUGUACAAGUUGAGGGAUCGGCGCGGACCGGAUAGGUAUGGUCCGUUGAUUCUGGUGCUGUUUGCGACCGCUUUCAUUAUGGGAGAGCCGAUGAGGCAUAUACUGCAGGAUCACGGAUAUUGGCCGAGUUACAUGCGGAAUGGAAUGGGUUCUGCUCAAUAUCUCUACGGUUGCACUGACGAGUCGGUUCAUUGCCUCACACCAGUCGGCAUUCUCUUCACAAUGGUCUUAACGUACGUUGGAUUUCUCUUCCUAGCAGUUGGCGUCAUGUGGAACGCAAACAUCAUCCAACAAUGUCGCAAGAUACGACAGAAGUGGAGAGAACUGAGAUCCUAACUUUUCUCGGUUCGCAAUAGACUUUACAAUGAAUGGUCUGUUUACUAGUUUUUCUGGCUAUGUCUUCGUUAUGACGUCAUCCUGUUAAACCUUGAAGGCAGGAAUGACCGAUGCUAUUGGAUGCCAUACCAGAGAGCUUUUAUUUUCUACUCGAGAUUCAAAACAGAGAUGUUUUCUGAGAACGAUUGUUUUAAUGAUGAUUGUUAGGUAAAGCUUUUGUUGCUAGCAGUCUGACGAAAUACAGUUUUUCUCGGUUCCGACCACGUGGUGUGACUAGUGCGCAUGCUCGGUAUUGACAGGAUGUGGAAAGUGGGCGUCUCUCUGCUGGUUGUGGUUUUGUCUUGUUGCAAGGCGAAAUCGGAUCAGAGUCAGUGUAGUCGUAGAAGCGAAGACGGAAAUUGCUUAGACGAGGCACAGAAUCGGGUGAUCGACAGAUAUUCAAAAGUUGGUCGUUGGGAGAAAUAUUUGACAAAAAUUUCGGAAGCUGUGUCGAAUUAUGAGCCAUGCAGCAGCGACAAAUGUGGCAGUGGUUGCUAUGCAUCUGUUAUUGAAGACGAUUUGAGUGUAUGGAAAGAUGGAAUCAGCAAGGAGACAUUUGAUGAAGCAGCAGCAAAAGGAGUGCAUUACCAGAUCAUUAAACACAGACUUUACAGACAGAAUGACUGCAUGUUUCAGUUCAGGUGUUCUGGUAUUGAGCAUUUCAUUGUUCAGCUUCUCGAUCGGUUACCAGACAUGGAGCUGAUCAUCAAUGUGCAAGAUUAUCCAAAAGUACCCGUGUGGAGUAAACCGUUGCCUGUCAUGUCAUUCAGCAAGACUCCUCGUGAGAGAGACAUCAUGUACCCAGCGUGGACAUUCUGGGAAGGAGGGCCGGCUGUGUGGCCGAUCUAUCCCACAGGAUUAGGACGUUGGGAUGUGCAAAGAGAUCUGAUCAUGAAGCAAGCAGUUGUCUGGCCGUGGGAGAAAAAAGAGUCGAAAGGGUUUUUCAUCGGAUCUCGGACGAGUGCUGACCGCGAUCCUCUUAUUCUCUUGUCACGACAACAGCCGGACCUAGUGAAUGCAUCGUACACGAAGAACCAGGCAUGGAAGUCUGAUGCUGACACACUCGGUGCCCCACCAAGUAAAGAAGUAAAGCUCGAAGAUCAUUGCAAUUUCAAAUAUCUUUUCAAUUUUCGUGGUGUCGCUGCAAGCUUUCGGUUCAAGCAUUUGUUUCUUUGCAAGUCGUUGGUGCUGCAUGUCGGUGACGAGUGGAUCGAGUUCUUCUACCCUGAACUGAAGCCGUGGGUUCAUUACAUCCCCAUCAGUGUUGGGCUGGGAGAAGCAAGAGAGCUGCUCGAGUUUGCUCAUGAAAAUGAUGAAGUUGUGAAACAAAUUGCAGAGAGAAUUUGGUUGCUAGGGGUUACGACUUUGUUGUCAAUCAUCUGACGUUGAAGGAAAUUUCUUGUUAUUGGAAGAUUCUACUGAAAAAGAUCGCACGUCUACAGCAGUGGAAACCCACGAGAAAUCCAGCGUUCAAAGAAAUUGCAUUGAAAGAUUGAUUAUUAGCGAUUAGUUUACGAGCACGUGGUGAU